AUGUUCCGAUUUAUCCUUACGGCAACAGCCGUGAUCACCGGCUCCUCGGUCGCCUAUUUCUACAUUUUCCACAAGAAGCUAUCCGCGCGCAUCCACCACAGAUCACAUUGCGGGAAGCUCGCGACCUCACCAAAACCAUGUGAAAUUGAGUCGAUUCCAGAGGCAGUCUUUACCGAUAAAUAUUUCGCUCACUACGAUGGGACUUCAAAACGCGUCGCGCGCUGCCUCUUACCCGGUUGUAUAACAACCGAGCAGCUCUUCACCAAGCUAGUUCGCCGUAAUAUGACGGCUUUUUCGCACUUUCCGCAGGCGCUGAUGGUGCGAAUAGGAUGUACGACUGCAGAAGAGAUUCAAAGCUUUAAGGCGUCGCACAUCUCCUCUCUGGAUUUCAAUAAGGGGGAUCUUGUCUGUGGGGCGUAUCGAGUUGUCGCACGGAGCAAGAAUAAGGUGGAGUUUGAGAUGAGGAUGAAUGACAUGGAGUUUGUGAAUGGGCGACUGGCUUUGAGCUUCAAGGAGAAGGAUGGGGAUGUGGUGUUUUCUAGUGAAACCAUCAUGUGGCGCAGGGCGGAUGACUUGAGGACGAUGCCCCUGGAGAAAAGAGUAGUGCGCUUUAUGCAUGAGACGGCAGUGUGGUGGUUGGUAGAUUCGGGGACAAAGUAUCUGAUGGAUCUGGAGGUUUGA